UCCAGAGUCUCUAUAGCACAUGGCGUCAUGGCUUCAUAUAAAAGGAAAUGCUAGGCAAAUGUAUUAAAGCUGAUAGGAGAACCAAGGAAGAUGAGGCUUCUUGGAGUGGCCCUCUGUGCUACAGUACUUAACGUUGCCUUGUGUAUCCAACAAGCAACUAUCACCAGCAUACAGCCACAUGGAAUAAGGUUUGUCAUUCCAGAUGACGGCUUUAGUUUUGUUGCUCUUCACUACAGCAUCAAUAAGCCCGUUGUAGAUGUAGCGGCAGGAGACAUAAACGUUGACCUUAGGUCCAAAACCGGGAACAGCUUUGUGUACGAAGAUACUGGUGAGGAUCUUCAUCCAGGUGACGUUGUCAACUACUGGGUCCUCGGAGUGAAAAACGGACAAGGGGAGCAACUAACCGAUCAGUCCUAUACAGUACCAGUUCCGACACAAAAACCAAUAACCAAACAAACUACAACCACGAGAACGACACCUCAGCCAACACCUGCUGUUUCCGGAACUAACUUACACCAGACAGAAACCGGAACUGGAUCUUUAACCAGUGGUUCUACCGGAACUGACACAUCAUCAGGGAUAAGCAAGCAUGACCUCGACUAUCUCAACAGUCUCCAGGGCCAGACUGGGUCAGGAACCGGAACCAGUACUGGGACAGGUGGCGUAGUAAAUACAGGAAGUACUGGCACCGGAAGUGCAACUGGGGCAGGUACAGCGUCUGGGACUGGAGGAUGUUCAUGCCAGUGUUCUGGCAAUGGUCGGGCUGUACCCAACUGUCAAAGUUACCCAUGUUUGAUCUUUGAGGACAAUUUCGACACGCUGGACUUGGAGACAUGGGAACACGAGAUCACUGCAUCAGGUGGAGGGAACUGGGAGUUCGAGUACUAUCUAAACAACCGAUCUAACAGUUACGUCAGAGAUGGGGUGCUGUACAUCAAACCGACUCUUACCACGGAUCGUUUUGGGCCUGAUUCCCUGACGAAAGGCUCACUCGAUUUAUGGGGCGGUACCCCUGGAGACACGUGCACUAGUGCCGCGUUUUAUGGCUGUAAACGUGACGGUACUGGCACUCACCCUAUAAACCCUAUUCAGUCGGCACGACUCCGGAGCUCGAGAGGGUUCAGCUUUAAGUAUGGAAAGAUCGAAGUCGAAGCCAAAAUGCCAGCAGGCGACUGGAUCUGGCCAGCCAUAUGGAUGUUGCCUCUCAGAAAUGCCUACGGACAAUGGCCAGCGUCAGGAGAAAUCGAUAUUGUGGAGAGUCGAGGAAACCGUCACUACACAGCUCCAGAUGGUACUCACAAAGGCGUGGACUCUUUCGGAAGUACCCUCCAUUUUGGACCAAGUAUUCUGGACAAAUCCUAUGACCCAUGGCAGACAGCACACGUUGAAAAAACUUUGUCCCAAGGCACGCUUGCUGACGACUUCCACAAGUAUGGAGUAGAAUGGACGGAAGACCACAUAAAGUUCCUGUUUGAUGGUCAGGAGACAUUAACAGUUGCACCUCCUGCCCAGGGUGGCUUUUGGAAACACGGAAAUCUAGACAAAACAGGAUUUGAGAACCCGUAUAGAAACACGAGCAAAAUAGCCCCCUUUGAUCAAAAGUUUUACCUGAUCAUGAACGUAGCUGUAGGAGGCGUGGGCUACUUUGAUGAUACACUAAGUAACUCUCCAACUCCUAAACCCUGGCACGACCAUAGUGACUUCACCACGCGAGACUUCCUCAACGCUAAGAACCAAUGGUACCCUACCUGGAACCCCACAGAGAGGAACGGCGAGGACGCCGCCAUGAAGGUCAACUACAUAAAGGUGUGGAAGCUUAGUCCGUGAUGAUCGAGAAAAACUGGACUUUGUUUUGUAACAUUUUGUAUACACGGAAUAUGUGUAAGCUACUGUAUCUAUGUCUGAUGUAUACAUAUAAAAUGAAUAAGUAAAUAAAUGUCAACUUGUCUAAUCCUUAAGUGUUGCAUUACUUUUAGCAAGUUCACAACUAUA